AUGAGACAAAGACUGACUAUACUCAAUACUGUACCUUUUACCGAAGAUUCAAUUCAGAAUAUCAAUUCGACAAAUUUAAAAAUAGUUGCGCCGUCGAUUGACCAACGAUUCUCAAUUGAAAAUAAAUACACGAUUCCCAUUUCCCAACCAUUGCGGUAUAUUCGACAACUACGCAUCCAAUCAAAAAGGCUGUAUGAUGAUGUAAACUUGGUUUUCCCUUUUGAUUUUACCACGGGAUUAAAUGUCUAUGUUUCACCAAAAAACACAGUCAACAACGAUGACGAUGAUGAAUUAUUCAAAGAAUUGAAUGGUGUUUUGAGUGACGUUGUAAAUUUGGAUGUCAAUGCAACGGCUUGGACCACUUCUUUCAACUCAUUGUACUACUACUCAUCCAAUCCUGCCCAAUUGCAACCAAAAUCUUCCUGGUUUCAGCACAAGGAUAUACUGGAUCACGACUCCACAUUUGAUUUAAUUUACAACUCUGAUGUGUCUUCCAAACAGAUAGUUUUACGCCAGUUGAUCAGCAACGUGGCUGAAGCAAACUACACUUUGAAACUAGGAGAAUAUAAAGAGAUUGGAUUUUUCAUAAAAGACGAUAAAGUUUCCCACACGAAGGAUGAUUUGGUCUUGAGUGGGAUACGGGUAGUCCUAGACGGACAAAGUGAGUCGUCACAAGAUGAUGCCGAGAGGAGAGAUGUGCAUAAAACAAUGUUUCAUUUGAAACCUAGACAUAGGUACUUGUCAGGAUCAGUUUCAUCCACCAUUGUGCCCCAAGGUUUACAUCCAGUUCUAGCAACUACACUAAUCACAGAAAAUGACUUAUCUUCCACCAUAAAUCAAGAGAUUAUUGGAACUGACGACGACGUGGACACAUGCGGCAGCUUCUUCUAUCUCAACUUGAACAAGUCGUUAAUUUUUGACAAGUAUCAAGAUAUCCCACCAAAUACAACGUUACUUGUCAAUAAUGGAGUUUCCAAUUUGGAAUUACCCGAGUACAAGAUCGACCAAUGGGGUAGUGAGUUGUUGUUCAAAGUUGACGCAGACAGGGAGUCCAGUGUGAUAUCACCAGCUAGAUUUGACUUGAAUUUGACACUACACUGUCGAUACCAAUUACCAAAUAACAGCGAUCCCUCAUCUCAGUUUACACAGAUUGUCAACCCACAACCACAAUUUUUCAUUGCUUGUAAAGUGAAGGACGGCCAUUUGUUAAGUAAAUCGCCCUUUGACUCGCGGAAAUUGAGCAAUGUAGGGAACAAUUACGAGGCAUAUUUUCAAAAUGAUACUGUAUUUUAUCAUUUCAAGACUAUUCAAGCAGAUGAACAUCUAUCAGUUGAUAUUCCUCAUGGAACCACCACUUAUGAUCAUGUCAAUUCGAUAACUACAUUUACAAUCUUGAUAGGUAUUGGAAUCAUAUUCUGGGCCAUUGCGCAAAAAUUAACCAAAUCGAAGCCAGUCCGUUCAAAGUCCAAAACUGAAUAA